GUUACUUUUCUUAUUUUCUUCCUGCAUCGACUCUCUUCUUUAUGUUCUUCGUUCUUCGUAAUCGAAAAGCACCACUGCCCUGCCUCCGCCUUAAAUGUGAUGGAAGAAAGGGGCUGCUCCGGUAGUGGAUCGCGAAGGGGAGGAGGGAAAAACUGUUGGUCCCAUGGUGGUUCUGUGAUGUUCAAUCGAAGAAAAAGAAAUCAAAAUCAGCAACAGUAAGGGUCGGAUGGAGGCUCGCCACAAUCGGUUAGGUCAUCGGUCCUUCUUCUUGUCCACUUCGUCGGUUCCAAAGAAAAGGGAGAGAGUGAGAUCAGUACAGUAGCCAUAAGGGGGAGGGGUGCUUGGGUCGUUUCUUCGAGUUCACAGAGGUGUUUGGAUUGUUGUUCAAAUCGACAGGGACGAUGGAGGAAAAAGAGAGAGGCUGGCUAGGGAAACAUCAAUGUGGUCGGAUCCUUGGUGGUAUAUCUACUUAUCGACUUAGUUUAAUCCCUCCGCUCCUUGUCGAUGUUUCCUCCACCGCCUCUCCCUAUUUGCUCUACCUUCCACUGAUUGUCGUCACGGGAACGAAAAAAAGGAGGGCAGCCGUGGUGACGGUGCCGACCACCGGAAAGUGCAAUAGUGGUUUCUCAUUUCAUCGAAUUCAACAGAAGGGGCAAAUAAUACGAUUUCUUUCUUUUCUCUUUCCUUCCUUUCCAAUUUCUCAAGCUGAUCUGUUUGGGCUGGCUUGUUUACCUCUGUCUAAAUUUAACUUUGGUGAUACUUUGGAUAUAUUUUAUAAGGUUGUUACUGCGUAUGAUUGGAAAAUAUGA